GGAAUAACCGACCAAGUUAAACUAAACUAAACUAACUCUGAUCACCGGCGCCACCCACCAGAAAUGAAAAAACCACCCAAAACCACCGCCCAAAUGGCCAAAAAAGCCAUCACAUACCUAAAACGCCACCCACAAAACCUCCCAUCUCUCUCCCCUCACUUCACCCCCGAAGCAGCCACCCACCUUCUCCUCACUUCCCAAAACAACAAAUCCCUAAUCCUCAAAUUCCUCAACUGGGCACAACCCCACCCUUUCUUCACCCCCCAUUGCAAAACCCUAACUCUCCAUAUCCUCACUCGCUUCAACCUCUUCAAAACCGCACAAACCCUAGCUCAAAACCUCAUCACCACCACAACACCCUCCGUCGUUUUCAAUCUCCUUAAAGAAACCUACCAUUCAUGUAAUUCAUCCUCCGCCGUUUUCGAUUUACUAAUCAAAUCAUACUCCCAACUUAACCUAAUUGAUAAUGCUAUUCACACCCUUCAUCUUGCUAACCGCCAUGGUUUUUCUCCGGGUGUACUGUCUUACAACUCGAUACUUGAUUCAAUUCUUCGCGGUGGAUCCCACCCGUUGUUAUUGAUUCAACAUGCUAACCGUGUAUUCAGUGACAUGAUUAGAAAGAAUGUGUCGCCGAAUAUAUAUACUUAUAAUGUAAUGAUCCGCGGAAUUGUUUCCGCGGGGAAAUUGGAGUCUGGUCUCUGUCUCAUUAAUGUGAUGGAGACUAAAGGCUGUUUGCCUAAUGUGGUUACUUUUAAUACUAUGAUAACUGCUUAUUGUAAAGAGAAUAGGUUAGAUGAAGCAUUUAGUUUGUUGAAAAUAAUGGGUAAGAAACGUGUUGAGCCGAAUUUGAUUUCUUAUAAUGCGGUUAUUAAUGGUUUGUGUAGUCAAGGUAGGAUGAAUGAGACGGUGGAAGUGAUUGAGGAGAUGAAUUUGAAUGGAUUGAGUCCGGAUUGUGUUACUUAUAACACGCUUGUGAAUGGGUUUUGUAAAGACGGGAAUUUUCAUCAGGCGCUUGUUCUUGUUCAUGAGAUGGCUGGUAAGGGUUUGUCGCCUAAUGUUGUUACUUAUACUACUUUGAUUAAUAGUAUGUGUAAGGUUAAUAAUUUGAGUCGCGCGGUGGAGCUUUUGUAUGAUAUGCUUGGUAGGGGACUUAGUCCUAAUGAGAGAACUUAUACAACUUUAGUUGAUGGGUUUUGUAGGAAAGGGUUAAUGAAUGAGGCUUAUAAGGUUUUGAGUGAAAUGAUUGAUAGUGGAUUUUCGCCUUCGGUUGUUACUUAUAAUGCAAUUGUAAAUGGAUUUUGUUGUUUGGGGAGGGUCGAUGAAGCUGUUGGAGUUUUGAAGAAUAUGGUUGAGAGGGGUUUGUUUCCUGAUGUUGUUAGUUACAGUACUGUUAUAUCUUUGUUUUGCCGAAACGGGGAGCUUGGAAAAGCGUUUCAAAUGAAGGCCGAGAUGGUUGAGAAGGGCAUAUUGCCUGACGUCAUGACGUAUUCGUCGCUCAUAUAUGGUUUAUGUCAACAGAGGAAACUGUCAGAAGCUUUUGAUCUCUUCAGAGAGAUGCUGGAGCGAGGUUUAUCGGCAGAUGAGGUUACUUAUACUAGUUUAAUGAAUGGUUAUUGUGUUGAAGGUGAAUUGAGUAAGGCUCUUAAUUUGCAUGAUGAAAUGAUGCAGAAAGGUUUUUUACCUGAUGUUGUUACUUAUAGUGUACUUAUUAACGGACUUAAUAAGAAAGCUAGGACAAGAGAAGCUAAGAAGCUUCUUCUGAAGUUGUUUUAUGAUGAGUCUGUACCAAAUGAUGUGACGUACGAUACCCUGAUAGAAAACUGCAGUGAUAAUGAAUUUAAGAGUGUCGUAGAUCUUGUUAAAGGGUUCUGCAUGAAGGGUUUAAUGGAGGAAGCAGACCGAGUUUUUAUGACAAUGCAUGAGAGGAAUUUUAAGCCUGAUGGAACGGUUUAUAAUUUAAUAAUACAUGGACAUUGUAGACGCGGUAAUGUUCGUAAGGCAUAUGAUAUGUAUACAAAGAUGGUGCGUUGCGGUUUUGUGUCUCAUGUGGUGACUGUAAUUGCUCUUAUUAAAGCUCUAUCAAAGAAAGGGAUGAAUGAUGAGCUGAAUUUGGUAAUGCAAAAUAUAUUGAGCAGAUGUACGCUCAAUGAUGCCGAGCUACCUAAAUCACUUGUUGAAAUUAACUUUAAAGAAGGUAACAUGGAUGGUGUUUUAAUAGUGCUAACGGAAAUGGCCAACGAUGGCUUGUUAUCUGAUGGUGGAGAUUAUCCGUGUGUUUCGGCAAGUGCAUUGUAAUUUCUUAUGUUGCGUACUGUACUUUCUUGCUUCAAAAUAUGGACCGACACUUCCUGCAAACAUCUAUUACGUUUGCAUUCAGAGACUUACAGCGGGGAAUUGAAAUUAUCCCUUGAUACGAAAGUAAUUAAUCAUUAUUUUUCAUGGAACUCCACAAUUGUCAAAAACAACCUUGAUCAGGUUAAUACUUAAUAGUAUACAUAUGGUGUAUGAAACUGUUCGAGGAAGAAAGAAACCACACAUACUCGCCAGGUUCAUGCUCAACAUGCACUUGGGCACUUGUGGUUGCAGGAAAAAGGAAACACUUUUUGGUGCUACACGUGAACGCGAUAGAUAGAUCAUAGAUGCAGUGUUGCCAAAAAAGGGAGUUUCAUAGUUUGUACUGACUGUUGAUUGCCGGUUUCCGACAGAUCAGUCGCUGGGAACUUGGGUCUAGUGAGUUCAUUGCCGUGGUUGUCAUUAGAUGUGCUAUGAAAACAGAGGUUACGAUAAAACCAAAAGGUGAUGACAGGGACGUUAUGUCGUUAACUCGUUUAAGAGGUUUUAAAAUAAAUAAUCCACAUGUCAAGUUUUGGUUGGAUAGCACUAAAAACAGCUAAUAAAUCCGUGGUUACAUAUUUCCCUUAGUGAAUUUGGUCACACUGUGCUUCCAAAGCUACAAGAAUCCGAUCUCCAAUUUCAGCUUAUGAUUUUUGCUGUGGUUCAUAACCUAAUUGAGGUAGAAUAAAACAUAGACAAGGUCAAUGGUAUUAUUGUUGUCAGCAAGGGAAACUCAGGCUGGUGAAUCAGGUUUGGUUACUGAAUAUGAACAAUUGAUUUACUUGUGAUGCUUAUAUAUACCUGGUAUCUUUUGGCGUUAGUAUUCUGAUAAGUGCCAAAUAUUGGUUAAAAUGCAUGUUGAAAGAGAGCACUUAUUGAAUAAUUUUGAUAACAAAUCCAUGGAAUUAAAUCCACUUUUGAUGUAAAUAGGGUGUGUGCUAAGAACUUGUGCAAAGUUAUCAAAUUCAACCAUUUUGUUAGGUUUUGGCUGAAACUUAGAAAAAGAAACAAAUUUGUGAAGCAUUCGCUACAGCGAAGCAUCAGCGAAGAUGCAGCGAACAAAGGCAGGGAGAUCAGGGUCCUCAGCGAACCUGAAGCGAACCUGCAGCGAACGAGCUCGCCACAGCGAACACCCAGCGAAUGAAGGCAGGGAGUUCAGGACACUUGGCGAAGCUGUAGCGAGCAAGCAGCGAGCAAGCAGCGAGCAGCAUCAAAAAAGUGUUCGCUACAGCGAACACCUAGCGAGCAAGUGAUGAGUCACAAGUUAAUACACGUGUCAGCAAACCUCCUCUUUUAAGUAACCUCUUCGCUCAGCGAAUAAGGAUUCGCUUAGCGAACAUGUCUUUUUUUAGAAGUCUAUAGCCUUUUAAGAUCAUUUUGUAAAUAUCAAGUUAGCUAAUAUCAGAUAGAAAAAUACGAUUUUCAUAGAGAUAUCCUGUUUAGUAAGGUUUUGAAGGUGGAUUCCACACAACUUGAGAAAUCAAGCCCUAUGGUCUUUCAAUCCUUCUCAUCUUCACUCCUUUGUAAGUUUAUCAUGGCUAUUCAUAGCUAAAUCUCUUUUGUUGGGGUUGGAUGUAAUUAAAUUAUGAUCAUGAAUCUAGUUUAACUUUGCUAUAUGUGUUUUAUUUAUCAAUCAAUAUUAGUGAUAUCCUUGUUUUCAUGCUUCUCUCAAAGGAUUUAAAUGAUAUAGACAUAUGUUAUUUGAAUCAAAGA